CCGCCGGCAGGGACACGCCGUGCGCACUGGGAGCAGCCAUGGCCGACGGUCCGGUGCCGGAGGUGUUGCUGCGGCGGCUGGAGGCGGCUGAUGGCGGCCUGGACAGCGCAGAGGUGGCAGCCCAGCUGGGUUUAGAACACCAGGCUGUGGUGGGUGCCGUGAAGAGCCUGCAGACACUGGGCGAGAUUAUCGAGGCUGAGCUGCGCUCCACCAAGCGCUGGGAGCUUACUGCUGAGGGCGAGGAGAUUGCCCGGGAGGGCAGCCAUGAGGCCCGGGUGUUUCGCAGUGUCCCCCCAGAGGGCCUGCCCCAGAGCGAGCUCAUGCGACUGCCGAGUGGCAAGGUGGGCUUCAGCAAGGCCAUGUCCAACAAGUGGAUCCGAGUGGACAAGAGUGCUGCUGAUGGGCCCCGGGUGUUCCGAGUGGUGGACAGCGUGGAGGAUGAGGUACAGCGGCGGCUCCAGCUGGUCCAGGGUGGGCAGGCCGAGAAGCUGGGAGAGAAGGAGAGGAGCGAGCUCAGGAAGAGGAAGCUGCUGACUGAAGUGACCCUGAAGACCUACUGGGUGAGCAAAGGCAGUGCCUUCAGCACCAGCAUCUCCAAGCAGGAGACAGAACUGAGCCCAGAGAUGAUUUCCAGUGGCUCCUGGCGGGACCGGCCCUUCAAGCCCUACAAUUUCUCGGCCCAUGGUAUCCUCCCUGAGAGCGGCCACCUGCACCCCCUCCUCAAGGUCCGCACCCAGUUCCGGCAGAUCUUCCUGGAGAUGGGGUUCACUGAGAUGCCGACCGACAAUUACAUUGAGAGCUCCUUCUGGAAUUUUGAUGCGCUCUUCCAGCCCCAGCAGCACCCAGCACGUGACCAGCAUGACACUUUCUUUCUGCGAGAUCCACCCCAGGCCCUGCAGCUCCCAAUGGACUAUGUCCAUCGAGUCAAGCGGACUCACUCUCAGGGUGGCUAUGGCUCACAGGGGUACAAGUACAACUGGAAACUGGACGAAGCUCGGAAAAACCUGCUCCGCACGCACACCACGUCAGCCAGUGCCCGCGCCCUCUACCGCCUGGCGCAGAAGAAGCCCUUCACACCAGCCAAGUACUUCUCCAUCGAUCGUGUGUUCCGGAACGAGACCUUGGAUGCCACGCACCUGGCUGAGUUCCACCAGAUCGAGGGCGUUGUGGCUGAUCACGGCCUCACCUUGGGCCACCUCAUGGGCGUCCUGCGGGAGUUCUUCACCAAGCUGGGUGAGCAGGUUGGCUUGGGUGGGCAACGGGAGGAUGCCUUAGUCAUUGGCCUGACCCUCUGCCUCUCUGUUUACCUGCCUCCCCCACCCAGGCAUCACUCAGUUGCGUUUCAAACCGGCUUACAACCCCUACACCGAGCCCAGCAUGGAGGUGUUCAGCUACCACCAAGGCCUGAAGAAGUGGGUAGAGGUUGGAAACUCCGGGGUCUUCCGCCCCGAGAUGCUGCUGCCCAUGGGGCUCCCCGAGAACGUGUCCGUCAUUGCCUGGGGCCUCUCCUUAGAGCGCCCGACGAUGAUCAAAUAUGGCAUCAACAACAUCCGAGAGCUGGUGGGCCACAAGGUGAACCUGCAGAUGGUGUACGAUAGUCCUCUGUGCCGCCUGGACACUGAACAGGGGCCCCCUCCAACACAGGAGGCCGCAUGACAUGAGCCACCCUGGAUAGGCCGCCUUCCCCGACACCCUGCUGCCCCUUGCAUCCCUGCCAGUGACCCCCUUGUACUUACGAGGCCUCUGUGAGGCCAUCCCCCUGCCCCUGGUAUCUCCUUUUCCCCGCUGGCCCCAGGGUCAGGGGAGUGGGUAGCAGGUUCGUUCUGUUGUCCAUCUGUGAGGGUGGGCCUUGGGGAGCCCUGCUGGCCAGCCGCUGGCUAAUAAAGUGGGCAGUUGCCCUCACCUGGUGCCUUUCCUUAGGGGUAGAAGGAUGCUGGAGCCCCGGGUGUGAAGCAUGGCGGGUUGGAGGUCUUGGACCCUUGAGGCCUCCUGACCAGCCUGAGCCAGGUUCCCUCAGGGAAGACCAGUUCUAGCAACCAUCUGUCAGUUUACCUGCUGGUUCAAGGUCUCUUCUAGGUGAAAGGAACAGAACUCCCUACCCCUAUAGAAGGGGCAUUUAGGGAGGGGAGGCCAAGGCAGGUGUCAGGGCCCCAGGAGCCAGAAUUCACUAACUGGGAGCCAAGCAUUGGUGGGCAUGGGGCAUAUAUAUACAGCAAGGUAAGUCUUAAGGGUAAGCUGCUUUUUCUUUUUUUAAAAGAGCAGCUUUAGGUUGAUAGCAAAAUUGAGCAGAAGGUACAGAGAUUGCCUGCAUACCCCCUGCCUUGACAUACCAUAAUCACCCAAAGUCCAUAAUUUACAUUACUGUUGACUCCCUGUGUUGUACGUGGGUUUGGACAAAUGUGUGACAAACGUGGAUUCGUUAUUAUGGCAUCAUAGUAUUUUUACUAUCCUAAAA